AGAUAUAGUCUUCGUCCCUCUUCAUCCCCUUGCUUCACUUAGACGUACUACAUACUACAUCUAAAUCGCACAUGACAUCUGACACGCUACUUCUACGUCCCCAUAUCUCACAUACAACACACUUGAUGAUGCCCAGCGACAUCACCGUUCCUCAUAUCAUGCCCUCACUCAUACUAUACACAACACACUGCCUGCGCACUACGUGAACCAACCACUUUGCCACCCCAUAGAUACCCAAUGAACACUGCAGCAAAACACAACACCACCAAUCCACGACAGCACAACAAAACACAACACAACACAGAACCCCCAUCCCUUCACCGCACCCAGCCAUCUACGCGCGUACUUAAAACCCCCAGUUCCAGUUCCUUCCUACAGCACACACUCUCCCUACUCUACCCACCCGAUACCAUCCGCACCACACAGUACACAGUCCACACUAUACACCCACCCAGCCAGCCAACCAGCAAACAACAAACCUCCAAAAGCCGCAUCCACAAACAAACCACACCAAAAGAUGCAGCCCUUCAACUACAACAACACACAACACGACCCCUUCGCCGCCGGCGCAAGCGUGGGCAUGCAGCAACAGCAAGCGAACUACUCAAUGGGCAAUGGCAUGGGAGGCAUGGGCAACGGCAUGGGAGGCAUGAGAGGCAUGGGAGGCAUGGGCAAUAUGGACAACAUGGGAAACAUGGGCAACAUGCCCAACAGCAUCCCCCCAACCCCCAACACACCCCACGCCCAACCCCACAACAUGAUAGGCACAGACAGCGACCCAGGCUUCAACGGCGAAAACAUGUACGCCGGCCCAGCAGCACACCACCAACACCAACGCAUCCCCCAAGCCCUCGUCCCACACGCCUACGCAGGACAACAAGCCCAGCAGCACCAGGCAGGCAUGAACGCCGGCAUGAUGCACAACGACAUGCACAACGACAUGCACCCCAGCACAAACACAACCCCCCACCCCCCAACAGGCACGCACUCCCAAAUCCGCACCCUACGAGCCCACUCUCGCGCAGGACGACAAAUCACCGAUUCCUUCCUGCGGAUGUACCCGGAGUUCCAGCGGAUGCAGAAGCAGCGGGCGCGGGCGCAGGCACCACGGGGGGGCCGCGGCGGGUGGACGCGCGGAGACGAGGUGGUGUAUGGGAAUACGGAGAGUCAGUUGCGGAGUAUGCAGCGGGAGGCGGAGCGGAUGAUUCCGGGGUAUAAGCUUGAUGUUGCGGCGUGGCGGUAUUUGGUUGGGAGGAGGGUGAGGGUUUGA